AAUACGGUAAUUUCCAUUCCCUCCUUUUUAAAUUAUGUUGUUGAUGGAUAAGUGAUUAAUAAUUGUGCGAAUUCAACGCAAGAUCUUAUUUAUGUUGUAAUUGUAAACCUGUGAGUCAUAAAACAUGGUGAUCCCAUCUGAUUUGAGUUUGAAUCGUUAGAAGCACGAUUGAGCAGGUGAGGCUGAAUGACUGCAAUGAGACCAAAUGGCCGCUAGAGAUCGUAGUUUCCUGCUUUUGAGAGCGAGUCCUCGACCAAGCAAAUGCAACUUGUCCUCCAUCACUUGUUGCUCUCUGCUUGUCGGAAGCUGUCAUGUCCUGUUCGCUCCCCUCUCGCUUCCCCAGCGAAAUUCCACACGCCUCGCACUCACCAAGAGUCACUGAACGCAGCCGUCUGCCCGCGGUUGGUGGUUUUGCUGCAGUUGGACAUGUCUGGACUUCCCCUGCGUCUGGUCCUCCUACUCUGGGUUGGAGGACCAUCCACCACACAAGGUGAGGUGGCAUCUUCUGCCAGCGUGAGUGUCGAGGCGGGGCAGCCCGUCCUCUUGGGCUGCAAUGUUACCACGGCAACGGGCAACAGCGUCCAUCAAGUGCGCUGGCUGAACCAACGCAGCGAGCUGCUGUUGGCGUACCAGCACACAACGCCGAUUCGCGUCAGCCACCGAGCGCCCAACGUGCGGCUGGCCUCCUGGAGCCAGGACUCCAGCCACAUCGCCAUCAACGAGGCGGGCCCCCGGGACGAGGGCUGCUACCGCUGCAUCUUCGACGUCUUUCCCGUGGGCUCGCAAGAAGGCAGCACCUGCGUCAGUGUGACCGUCAGUGCCCAUCAAGACGGCGACAAGGAAGCCCAAAGUGGCCAGCCGGCCGCCCUGUCCUGCUGGUACAGCCUGCCCGAGCGGGUGCUCCAGGUUCUGUGGAAGAAGACUGCGGAAGAGGGCGGCGUCACGGUGGCCUCCUACUCCCAGGGUCACUACGACGUGGAAGAGACGCUGCGGGGUCGCCUGAUCCUAAGCCGAAGUCUCGGCCGCACCCGGCUGUCUUUCCAGUCGGUCAGCGUACAAGAUGAGGCGUGCUACACCUGCGAAUUCCACACUUUCCCCGACGGCACCAGAAGCGCCACCGCUUGCCUCUCUGUUUUUGUUCUACCCGAGGUGACGGUGGCCCAUCUGACGUCGUCUUCAGGUCUUACUGAGGCCAACUGCACCGCACGAUCACGCCCCGCGGCGCAGAUCACUUGGACGAUCGGCGGAGACGACCAAAGUCUCAACACGUCGCUUGUUUCCCGCCACUCAGACAGUGACGGCAUAACAACAGUGACAAGCACGCUACUCGUCAUGUCGGCCACGUUCACCGAGAACUCGAUCCGGUGUGUCGUACGCCAUCAGGGACUGGAAGAACCUCUCUAUGUGGCCCUCCACAACCCAAGCGUGAGUCCCGCCCAGAUCGCCAUCAUCUCGCUGAGCACUUUGAUAGCAGCCCUGAUCCUCGUCUGCUUGUGUGUUCACCUCCGCCGUAAAUUCUUCACUUAGAAAGUGGCUGCAUCAGCUCCCAACAGGAAUGGAAAAAUCCCUGCUGACAAAGACAAGGUUUAUUUGGGCAAGGUGAGCCAAUCUCAAUGGCAAAUCUCGUGUCUCAAAGCGACUUUCCACACAAAGGUGUUGACGCGGGUGCAUCGAAGCACAUCCUCAUCAUCAUCACUUCUGUUCACACCUUUUUCGUGUGGAAAGUGCGACGUUUGCAUUGUGAGGGCCAUUUUCGCUUCCAUCUUCUGCCCACAAAGGCACAAAUCGAACUUGACGACACUAUUUAAAGGCCUUCACUGAAAUAUUUUGUAAUACUCAUUACUGUGUGUAUUUUAUGUUUGUUUGGUUUUUUUUAAUUGUGUAACUUUUUUCAAAUAUUAUUUUAUACCAUUGUCAGAUUUCUUUAUUUUACCAAUUUUGUUGGGAUUGUGAGUCUUUUCUGCACUGAAGGCUUGUAAUUAAUGGUUUGACCGCCUCAUAUUGAGGGUAUGUUUUAAAUGCCCACUUGUUUUGCUUGCAUCCUUCUUUGGCUGAAGAAUUACAAUGAAGAAUCAAAAACAAUUACACUAAAGUCGAUUCCCAUACAAUAUAUAAAUUUACUCAAAUUCAAGAGAAGGUACUUGUAUACAAAAUUGCCCCAAACUUCAGUUCCCUGUUUUGCAUGACCCAUCACCAGUGAAGGAUUAAGUUAUUUUUGUUUAACUAAUUAAGAUGGUUAACUUCUUUUUACACUUUUAUGACAGGUGAGAAUGGAACAAAUAAAGGAAUAAUAUUUUAUUUAACACGAGUCGCAUAGAAAAUUUACUUCCUAGUACAGUGGAGCUACUUUGGAACCAUUGGGAGUGCUCAAGCUCAACAGAUGGCAAUGACCUAUGGGGUCCCUCAAGGAUCAGUUCAUGGACCCCUCCUGUUCAGCCUGUAUAUGCUAUCCAGGGAUCAAAUUCUUCAAAAUUUUCAUUUUGGCUAUCAUAGCUAUCCAGAUGACACACAGUUAUAUUUAGCAGUGUCUACAGAUGACCACAGUUCAAUUGAGGUAUUGUGCCAUUGUCUAAAGCAGAUUCAACUCUGGAUGAGGCAAAAAAUUUCUUCAACUAAAAAGGUGGGAACAUGAUGUUGUGGGGCUGCUUUACAGCAAAUAGUAGUGGUAAACUUCACAUCAUUUGAAUGAAUUAUGAAUGGGAAAAUAUACUGAGAUAUUCUUGACAAAAUUCUGCUCUCAUCUACAAUGAUGAUAAAAAUGAAAACAGGGUGGACAUUUCAGCAGGUUAAUAAUCCGAAAGGAAACUAAAUUGGUUUCAAAGGGGGGAAAAGACUGCUAUAAUGGCCUAACCAAUCACCUGACUUGAAUCAAAUGGAAAAUAGAAGUGGAAAGAACUGAAACUCAAGGUCCAUAAAAGAAGCCUUCAAACAUUCGAGAUUUGAAGAGAGCUUAUGCGAAGCCAAAAUCACAGCAGCAUUUGACAAGUUUCUCCAUACAGGAGGCAUCUUGAAGCUGUCAUUGCAAACAAAGGCUGUUGUGCAAAGUAUUCAAUAAAUACCAUUUGACGUGUUCAUUACUUGUUCCUUUGUCGUUUCACAUUUAUUGCACACAACAUAAUUUCUGAGCAUAUUUGUUCUUUCUUUCCAUGUAUGGACUACUUGUGUUGUUCCCAAGAUCUGUUGAAAUUUUCACAUCAAUUUCACCUCUGGAAAUAUAUUUGAGAAAAAUG